CAAAAAAGUUAGCAUAAAAACGAUUCCUGCUUCCUAAUGACCCGAACCCAUCAGUAUCAAUUUAAUUACCCAAGUUUUACGGAUCUUCUUCGUUCCUAGAAUGGAGGUUCGGAGAGAAAUUGAUGGCGUGAGGCAAAUAGAUUUACAAAGUAAUUUGAUGUAUUAGGCUUGGGAGCAAUGGAAAGCAGAGAUAGAAAUUUACCACCUACCCAAUGACAACCAACUCUUUGGCAGAAUCCCAUCAGAGAUAGAAUAGUUAUUAGAUCUGAACCAACUUAGCUUGGCAAAACAAUCUGACUGGAUCAAUUCCCAAGUUGACCAAUUCCAAACCAACUUGGGAAUUGCUUCAAUUUAUUGAGAUUGAACCUGAGCAACAAUCUAAUUGGGAAAAGUAAUCCAUCUGAAAUAGGCAAAAUAUUUUCCCUUCAAACUCUUGAUUUGAGUUGGAAUAUGUUAACAGGAGAGAUUGCACAAGAGCUUGGAAGAUCACGUGUGUUGGAAACAUUGAAUCUUUCUCAUGAUAUGUUAAACAUCUCUUAUAAUCAGUCAGAGGGCCCUAUCCCACCUACUAAAGGUUUCCUUCUUGCCCCAUUUGAGGCUCUUAGAAACAAUAAAGGCCUCUGCGAGAACGCCAUUGGCCUCCCACAAUGUGUAUCCAAAAGUCAGAAGAAAAGCAACAUUGGACUUGUGAUUUUAAUCAUUACACCAGUUUUAGGCGUUCUAUCUCUGUUAGUCAUUUUGGUGGGGUUUCUACUUAUGCAUUAUAAAAAAUCUGAGAUAAGAGAGUGGCAAUUUCAAGAUAUCUUUGCUACAGGGGAUAUGAUGGGGAAAUCCUCUAUGAAAACAUUCUUGAAGCUACAGAGCAAUUCAACUCUAACUAUUGCACUGGUUAAGGAUAUGGAAAUGUUUACAAAGCCCGACUGCCAACAGGUCGAGUUGUUGCGGUCAAGAAACUCCAUCCAUCAGAUGACAAUCAAUCUAUCAAGUUGUGCACAUUUGGAAGCGAGAUUGGUGUUUUAGCAGACGUACGAUUGCCAAAGUCAUAUUCAACAAUAAGUCUAGGAGCUUUGAUUGGAUAUGGACAUGGGAUGCAGGGCUAAGGUGCUUGGAUAUUCAUCAUAAUUUUAGGUGCGUGUCAAGUGCAUUAUUUAUCUUUCUAGUCCUCCUCUCUUAAUAAAAAUAAUUUCGAUAAUUUGUUUUCUUCUCUUCGUGAUAAACUUCUAAAUCUGUUUUCUUUGCUUCUCUUGAUGCUAUUUUGUUGGCACAAUAGAAUAUUAUAUAACAAUAAUACAGGCUGCGAGGUCUAAUAAAAAACUUGAAAAAAU